AUGCAAUUCAAGAACAUUGUCGCCGCUUUCGCUACCGUUGCCGCUGUCCAAGCCGCUAACACCUCUAACCACUCUAACGGUACUAACGGUUCCAACACCAGCAAGUCGUCUGUGUCUACUGGUGCUGCCGCCUCCAACGCUUUGGGUGCUGGUGUCUUCGGUGCUGCCGUCGCUGCCGGUGUUGCGUUCUUGUUCUAA